AGUGGAAAAAGGAUGGACUUUGGUUUCAGAUAAACUUUGGUUCAAAUGGAUUUGGGGCCAAGUUAAGUCAGCCUUAGAAAGGUACCUGGAAAUUUCUUUUCCUCCAGUCUCCUACCCUUAUCCAGCCCUUGUCUUGUGGAAGCUGCUUUCAUCCUGCAGGUGUUCCAACAGCAUUUUGCAGGCACACACUGGUUCAUUUGAAGCUUUGACCUUCAGGAUUUCAAAGGAAGGGACUAAGAUGUUCUAAGCAGAAGUAUUCUCAUCUGCCAGCUGACAUUAACCAUUAUGAUUGCUGCAAUAAGGAGAUUUACUGGAAAACCAGUGGAAGCUCACAGAAUGGAAAAGGGCAGGAGAACCAAGUUUGGGAAAAGGGCAGGAGUCAAGGAUGCCAUGGAGGCAGAUAGCAAAAGCUACACUCAGUAUUGGUGUGGCCCUCAGAUCUCCUCUGCCACUGGGAUGCAUCGGACCUCCAACAUUUUCUGCUGUACCAUUUGCCCUCAAGCCUCAGAGUCCAAGAAUCAAGGAUAUUUGGCUGAGUUUCUCGACUGCUCUUCCUGCCCUCUGCCCUGCACUGUAUCAAAAGUAGAUAAAAAAGGUCUCUGACCCCCUUGGUUUCCAUAGCAGGAGGUGGCAAUGGAAAACAGUCACUGGGAUCUGUCCUAGUACCAAGACUACACAAAAUAGAGAAUUAUACCAGUAGGAACAUGUGGUGGUUAGAGUGGAGGUGUGUGGACUCUGAGUAGUCAGUCACAAAUCUCUGCUUUACUUAUAUAAGACUUCAAAUUUCCUCUGUAGCCUCGUGAGCAGUAGUGUGCUGGUAAACGUUUAACAACUGGCUCUCUGGCCUUGAUUUGUAGCAUUUGAACAUUUCUAUAGGACAAACACUCCUAUGAUGGCCGAUUUCAAGCUACUCACAUGGCAUUUGAACACAGUUGGGAAGAGAUGUGCAGUAACAUACUAUUAUAAUAUUUCAGACAUACAGCUACAACAGAUGAAGAUAACUUCAAGGGCAUAGAUAAUGUGAAAUAUAGUAAAAUGAUUAGGAAGUGAUGAGUUUUGAGCAUUACCUUUGUUAACAUAAUUUAUUUAAUUAUACGUUUGUAUGAUAUAAUUCUUAAUAAUGGCUAUAUUUUAACAAAUGGCUUGCAAAAUUCUUGAAAAGAAUUUUAUGAGCCAUCUCCAGAAUGCCACUGCCUAUGAAACGGAUCAAUAGUUUACUGAGAGAGAAAGAGUAAGUAACAUGCUGAGGGGAGAGACCUAGGACUUAGAAAUUUUGUACAGUAGUCUAUAACAUUGGGGACCCACAGUAAUAGAAUAAGAAUGGUAUCUGACAUGCACUUAGCAAAACACAUUCCUACUCAACAUCUUACUUGUUUCUGAUCCUUACAUAAACCUAAGGAAAAACUAAGCAGGGUGUUUUACAGGUGAGGGAAUUGAGAGAGCUGAAGUGACCACUGACAGGUUCAGGGGAGACUAAAAUUCCCAAUGCACAGCUUUUUCCAUACAAUCCUCUUUCUUUGAACCCCCUGCCAUCACUGGAACAGCCAUUUAUUACAGGUAGCCCAUUAAAUAAUACGGGAUGUGUUGUAUUUAUUCAGGUGUAAUCAGGAUGACCUGAAUUCAGCCAGGGAGGUUUCCUUUUAUCUUCACAAAUAAAGAAUGAAAUAAAGUUGGAGGCCCACAGAAUGUGCAGUGAUAUAACCUGCUGUGUUAGCAAGUUUAAUAGCCUGACUCCAGCAUGGCCGCCAGUGAUCCUUCACCUGGUGUUUAUGUUCUUGGACUCCUACAUUGAAUAGGGCUAAACUGUGUGACUAACAGGAUAUUGCAGACGUGAUGGUAUACAACUUCUGAAGCUAGCCAUAAAGGGCAUUGCAGCUUCUGCCUUGUUCUAUUGAGUCACUUUCUCUGAGGGAAGCCAGCACAGUGCUGUGAGGACACCCAAACAGCCCUGUGGAGAAGCCCACAUGGGAAGGAACUGAGGCCUCCCACCAACAACCAGCUAGACUACUUGACAGCCAUGCAAGUGAGCCACCUUGGAAGUGGAUCCUCUAGCUCUAGAUAAGCUUUCAGAUGACUGUGGCCCUGGCUGACAAGAGACUGUAACCUCAUGAGAAAUUGCAAAACAGAAUUACCCAGUGAAGUACCCCCAAAUUCUUGAUCAACAGAAAUUGAGGGAGAUAAACAAUGUUUAUGUGUUUGAAGUCAAGGAGUUUUGGGGAUAAUUUGUUACACAGCAAUAGAUAAACAUUUCUUUAAAAGCUGCACCCAUAUGGGCUAUUAAAGAAGCACUUUAAGCAAAUUGUUUUGUUUUGUAUUUGUUCCCCACCACCACCAAAAUGAAUUCAAGUCAACAUUGUAAAGCUUUUACAAAAUAACUUUUGAAGUGCAGUUUACUAUUGAUUGCCUAAAUGACCUGUUGUCCAUAGAAAAGUGCACUCAGUAUACUGAGUACAUCUGCAACUCUGAAGAGCAAGGUUGCUUGAGCUGGCAUUCACUCACAUUCCAUUUGUGUAUGUCACACUCCACAGAUGUGGAGUCAGCUCACAGCAAACAGUUAUCCAAUAGCCCUUUAGACCCCCACCUCACCAUCACCUUUAAUCUGGGGGGGGGGGUCUCUGGUCCAGUGCAGCCUGUCCUUUGGGAAAGCAGGGACAGGGGGAAAUAAUGAAAUAAAUUAAUUAGGAAGGGAGGGUUAGGGACUCCACUGGAUGCUGGAGGUGGAAAUCAUUUGCCAAAAAUCCCUGGGAGGCUGAGCUGUGGCCUCUUCUCCUGGUGUCCCCACCCGCUGAAGUUCGCUCUUAACGAAAUACACCCAUGUUGCCAAGGGCGCAGGAGAGGGUCUCUGCGAAGCAGGAGGCUUUUGUGCCUGCUGGGAGAGUCGGAGCUGGGAUUACACCAGCUCUUCAGCGCGUUUCCUCCGAGCUGGGGAAGGCCUGGCGCGGACCCGGGAGUAGGCGCCCAAGGCGGGGCGCCCUCGUGCGGGAGCGAGGAGACCGAGAGGUGGGGGCCUGGGAGGUGUGCCUCGCUGCCAGAAGCAAUCCGCUCCGGGCGCGCACUACCACCACGCCUGCAGCAUGGAGUGGGAGCUCAACUUUCUGCUCUACCUGGCGCUCUUCUUCUUCCUGCUCUUCUUACUUUUCCUGCUGCUCUUCGUGGUCAUCAAGCAGCUGAAGAACUCCGUGACCAGCACGGCCGGGUCGCUGCAGCCCGGGCGCCUCUCGCUGCACCGGGAGCCUUGGGGCUUCUCCCGCGAGCAGGCGGUGUGACUGACAAGGCGCGGGAACUGGCGGGAGGGUACCGAGCGGCGCGGGCGCCGGGCUGGGUCUCAAGUCUCGAUUUUCUGUCCGCGUGGCCGCGCAGGCUCCAGUGCCAGGCUCAGCUGUAGCGCCGGCAGAUCCUUUCUCACUGAUUUACGUCGUCUCAAGUUCUGGAGCCGACCUGCUGCCCUGGGCUGGUGCGCGGAGGACCGCAGCCGCACUUAGAGCCGGCUAACCGGGAACCCUGAGCAGAGAGGACGGGAACACCCGGAAAUGGAAGUUCUCUGCUAAUGCUGUGCCACUGGUGUCCAGAGGUUUAAACUACCCCUGACUCUUCCAGAGAGGAAAUUAUAGAGAAUCCAGGCUGUAGAUCCCGGACUGAUGCCAUCUGGUGAGAUUCUACAGAAGAAGAGAGAAAAUUUACCCAGAGUGUGCCAUGCACCGGCUUUUCUGGGAAUGACAAGGUGCCAGGAUUUGUUUUUGGUUCACUUGCAGGGGUGGAAACUUGGAACUAGAUGAAAAUUUUGCUUUCUUAUUGGGAAUCAAGAUGGACUGCUCUCUGGAUAACAGAGUAGGAAGUUGCUGGACUGCACAGUGGCUUACACAAAGCAGGGUUUUGUUUUGUUCUCAUGUAACAAGGAGGUUGGAGGUAGGCUAUUGCUAGAGUUGGUUCACUAGCUUCCAGAUGUCAGGGUCAAGGUGGUCCCUGAGGUUCCCUUGGAUUUUCCUAUGUUCCAAGAUGGUUGCUGCAGCUGCCCAAAGGUGAAGGAAGCCCAAAAAGAAAACAGAGCAUGCUCUUUCUUCAGUCUAUUUCCUUUUAAGAGCUUUCUCAGCAGCCCAACGACUUCUGCUUAUACCUCAUGGGCCAGACUGUCAUUGACUACUGCUAUCUGCAAGGUUACCUAAGAAAUGUCGUUUUUGUAGCUGGACAUAUAACUGCCUUCAACAAAAGUGUGAGUUUUCUUCAUGAAGAAGAAGAUGAUGGUGAAUCUUGAGUGAGCAACCAGUAGUCUGUGCCCUGGCUACAAAAUACAGUGGUAACUGAGCAUAAUGUUUGAAAUACACCCAAACUUUAGCGCCUUCACAACUGGCAACCCUCCAGGCAAAACUCCUGUGCUCUGAGAGUAAGCAGAGUAAAGACAUGCUAGGUUGCUUAUAAAACACUUGCCCUUCUCCCUGAACCAACACACUUGCCCCGCUUCUUUCUAGAGGACCCUAGGAACCUGUACCCUUUCUUGGUGACUGUAUCUCUUUAUAGAGAGAGGUUUGGGAUGGGAUAAAGGAUGUUCUGCCUUUCUGCUUCUCAGUCUACUUCAUUUAUCUCCUCUCUAAUGUUCCUGAUGGAUUUUUGGCAGAGUUCUGUUUGGGUGUUUGAUCCUACCUUUUAUGCAGGGGAGGGUAAUCUAUGUAAAGAAAGACUACUUUACUCUGUGACUUCAUCACCAAUCUAGGAAUAUCCUGAGAGAAGAAUUGCUUCUCAAAGCUGCUUCCUUAAACAGCCUACAUCCUGGCUAAGUAAAGGGAGAAGAAACACUUCCCACAUCCAGGACUAUCCAAAAGAAUUUUCUGUGAUGACAGAAAUGUUCUAUAUCUGCACUGUCCAAUAUAGUAGCCACUAGCCACAGGUGGCUAGUGAACACUUGAGAUGUGGUUAGCAUGAAUGAGGAAGUAAAAUUCAAUUGUAUUUAAUUUUGAACAAUUUAAAUAUAAAUAGCCACAUGUAACUAGUGGCUAUUUUAUUGUAGAGCACAGUGCACAUCUUUUUCUUUCUUGUAUUUUAAAACUAGCUGGGAAGGGUUUGCGCCAGUCAUGUGCUUGGUGUUCCAUAAUCUUUACCCUUCCCCCUUGCCAUUGAUCUUGUCUCCCAGAGGAAAAAUGGCAUCUUGAAACUAAAUUCACAUUAACCUCAUAUCUAUACAUUGCACAAAUUCCUGUAAAAAUGGAAUGGUCUCCUGGGAAUAGGUCUUGUGAUUGAUUUUAGUGAUAAUUGAUCAUGGAAAAGUGGUGGUGUUGGUCCACUUAACAUUCCUAGUGAACAGUAUGUGUUUCUAAUUAGAAUGAGUCAGCAGAGAUUAUUUUGUUCUGUGGUGCAAUUCAUUCUUAGUUACUUUAUUUUUUUAAUAUUGUGGCUGCUAAAUGAUUAUUCUGUGUAUGUUUUUCAAAAUAUGUAGUGGUUUAUAUUUUUUAAAAGGCUGUGAAAUAAAAAAAAUUAUAUGUAA